CCCCCCCGAGAAAGGCUGAGUACUGGGGUGCUGAGGGAGGCCAUGUUCUGAGGGAGGCCCCGUUCUGGGGAUAACCCUGUUCCCACAGGGACCUGCUCUCCUUGGGCACGGCCCCAACCCCAGCUCAGGGGGGACACGGGUGCCGGGCAGGCUGGCUCCCCUCGGGGACAUUUGGGUGCUGAGACCCAGUGGGGGGGGUGGAGGGGUGCGUGACGCCAGAAGCGGAGCCGAGUCUCAUAUUUGGGCACGGAGCAGGUUAUUGGAGGCUGGGCCCCGGCAGGCAGCAGAUAACCCUCCUGAUAGCAGCUCACAAGGUGCCUCCGCCGCCCCCCAUUGGCUCCUGCCAGCGGGGGCUGCCUAUAUAUCCCCCUCCCCGCGGCGGGGCUGCGUCUGGCACUGGGGGCAGGAUGGUGCCUGCCAGGGCACUGGGGCUGCUCCUCUGCGUGCAGCUCUGCGGGGGCAGCGGGGAGCUGCGGCUGGUGGAUGGCGGCGGGCGCUGCGCCGGCCGGGUGGAGGUGAAGCACGAGGGCGAGUGGGGCUCCGUCUGCAGCUACGACUUCGACUGGGACCACCGGGGCGCCGGCGUGGUGUGCCGGCAGCUGGGCUGCGGCGCCGUGGCCCGGGCGUCCCCGUACGCCCCGUUUGGGCAGGGCAAGGGACGCAUCUGGCUGCACCCAUUCUGUCGAGGUGGAGAAGCCACCUUGCAAGAGUGCCUCCACUUCGGCUGGGGCCAACACUUCUGCAGUCAUGAGUGGGACGUGGGGGUGACCUGCACAGAGGCUCUGGAGCUGCGGCUGGUGGCUGGCAGGGGACCCUGCGAGGGGAGAGUGGAGGUGAAGCUGCGGGGACACUGGGGCACGGUGGCAGAUGACUCCUGGGACAUGGAGGAUGCCGAGGUGGUGUGCCAGCAGAUGGGCUGCGGCUCGGCCGCUAGUGCCUAUCACAGCUCCGAGUCUAGCCAAACAGAUGGUCUCGUCAGCUUAGCUGUUGUCGACUGUGAUGGAAAUGAGAAGGCCCUGUGGGACUGCAAGAUUCAAGGCUGGGGACCCUAUAUCAGACCUACCAACUACAAGAGGGCUGUGGUCUGCCAAGGGUUCUCCCGUCUGACCGGAGGGGCCGGCGCCUGCUCGGGGCGGCUGGAGGUGCGGCAGGGCCGGGCCUGGGCCACCGUCUGCCACGGCCACGUGGACCUCAAGGCCGCCCAGGUGGUCUGCAGGGAGCUGGGCUGCGGCACGGCAGUGGCCGUCCCCAGUGCCGGCCAUUUUGGGGCAGCAACGGGGCCGCUCUGGGACAGCGCCUUUGAGUGCAACGGCAGCGAGCCACUCCUCGCCAAAUGCGCCCGGAGGCCAAGCAACAACCAGUCCUGUGCUGGACCCGCUUCUGUCGUCUGCUCACCCUACACCGGUUUCCGUUUGGCGGAUGGCGGCUCGGGCUGCGCCGGGCGGGUGGAGGUGGAGGCGCAGGGGACAUGGGGACCCCUGUGUGCCACCGCCUGGGACCUGCCCGACGCCCACGUCCUGUGCCGCCACCUGGGCUGCGGCCCCGCCGCCUCCCUGCCCCCAGGAGGCCACUUUGGGACGGGCACGGCGACGGGGCCGCUGCAGCGCGAGGCCCUGAGCUGCAGCGGGAGCGAGCGGCACCCGGGCGAGUGCCCCGUGGCGGUGCUGGGGGAGCCCGCCUGCCCCCCUGGCCAUGCCGCCGCCGUCAACUGCUCAGGCGCCGCUGAGCCCCUGCGGCUGCUGGACGGGGAGAGCCGGUGCGACGGGCGGCUGGACGUGGCCACGCGCCCCGGGGCCUGGGCCAGUGUCUCUGCGGGGCCGUGGGACGACCGAGCUGCCUCCGUGGCGUGCCGGCAGCUGGGCUGCGGUGUGCCAGAGAAGGUCUACGCUGUGCCGGCCGCCAGCUGGGGCCCUGUGGAGCUGCAGGAGCUGCGGUGUGCUGGCACCGAGGAGCGCCUGGCGCAGUGCAACGCCUCGGGGCCUGCCGCAGCGCCCAGCCACAGCCCCACAGAGGCGGCCGUUGCCUGCUCAGGCAGCCGGCGGCUGAGGCUGGCGGGCGGCCCCGGGCGCUGCGCCGGCAGGGUGGAGGUGUACACCGAGGGCACCUGGGGCAGCGUCUGCCAGGACGCCUGGGACCUGCCAGAUGCCGACGUCGUGUGCCGCCAGCUGGGGUGCGGGCGGGCCCGGGAGGCGCCCGGCUCUGAGCGCUUCGGGCCCGGCGUGGGGACGCUGUGGCCGGGUGCCGGGGGCUGCUCGGGGACGGAGGCGGCUCUCUGGGACUGCCCAGCCCCGGCACGGCGUGGCUGCCGCCGGGGCGGUGGUGCCGCUGCCGUGUGCUCAGGGCUGCUGCGUCUGGCGGGGGGGCAGCAGCAGCUGCAGCGGGCACCUGGAGGUGCUGCGCGAGGGGACGUGGGGCCGCGUGUGCGCCAACGGCACCAGCCCCGCCACAGCUGCCGUUGUCUGCCGCCAGCUGGGCUGUGGCACCGGGGGGAGGCUGGCGGCCGUCCCCGCAGAGGGCUCGGUCCGCGCCUGGCUGGGCUGGGUGCAAUGCCAGGAGGGGGCCCCCCUCGCUCUGGCGCUGCCCCUCGGCGCCCUGGCACCUGCAGUCCUGCGGCCCCACCGGGGUCACCCACAUCGCCUGUGAUGAGGACACCGAGGAGACGAGCGGGGCCACCACCACUCCAGGUCCCUGCAGGUGUCACCAGCAGCGUUGCCCCACUGACAGCAGUGUCGGGGAGCGUGCCGGUGCCCACGGUCCUGUGCGUGCUCCUGGGGACGUUGCUGGGCCUGGCCCUGGCAGCCCUGGCUGUGCAGGCACACCGCGCACGGGUGCAACGCCGAGACCCCAUCAGAGCCAAGGAUGCCGGCUCUGAGGUUGUGUACGAGGAGCUGGAUUACAGCCUGAUGCCCGAGUACCAGGAGGUGCCCAGCCACACAGGCUCCCUGUCCAAGGGCUCAGGCAUGAAGCUGCAGGACGAGAACUGGGAUAGUAACGAGGAGGAGGAGAGCAAGCCUGGAGCAGCCCCAGCACUCCCGGCCCAGCCCGGACACGGCCCCCCCGGAUGGCUACGACGAUGCUGCGGCCGUGCCAGAGGAGCCCCCCCGCUCCCCACGGCGGGGACGCCCCAGAGCAGUCCCACGGGGACACGGGCUAUGACGACGUUGACGUCAGCACCCUGGGGACAGCGCCGUGAGGAGGCCCUGGGGACACGGCUGCAAGAGGGGCUCCGGCCCCAGGGAGGGGUGGCCCUGCCCAUGGGGGGGCACCCGUCCCUGCCCAGCCCUCAGCACGCUGCAGAAACGGCUCCAUCGGCCCGCCCGCACCCGUGGCCCAACGUCACGCCAGGGUCCUUGUGAAGUUUUUCAGCAUGGCCUUUCCCUGCGCAGUGCUCUUUCCGAUUAAAGCCCCCAAGUGCUUGGAA